AUGUCGGAUAUUAUGAGUGAAUCAAAUAAUAUUGAUAACCUAACGCUAAACAUAAAUUCCACGGCAACUUUAAAUUCUGGACACAAAAUUCCAUUAUUGGGAUUAGGAGUGUAUCAAGCGCCGCCAGGUGUUACGACUGAGAGAGCCAUUUCAUGGGCAUUAAAGGCUGGAUAUCGGCAUAUAGAUACUGCUGCAUUGUAUGGAAAUGAGGCAGAUGUGGGAAUAGCAAUCGCAUCAAGUGGUAUUCCACGUUCAGAAAUUUUUGUCACUACCAAAAUCUGGAAUUCCGACCAAGGUUAUUCGACAACUCUUCGCGCAGCAGAAUCCUCCUUAGCUAAGCUUCAAACCGACUAUAUUGAUCUCUUACUCUUACAUUCACCGCUCCCGGGAAAAAAGAAACGACGUGAGAGUUAUCUGGCGUUACAAGAGCUUGUGGCAUUUGGUAAAGCGAAGAGUAUUGGUGUGUCUAAUUACGGGGUGCAUCAUUUGACUGAAAUGUUGGAUGAUCCGGAAAUUACUAUCAAGCCUGCUGUUAAUCAGAUUGAGGUUCAUCCAUGGUUAUUGCGAAAUGAUAUUGUCACGUUUUGCAGAGAGAAUGAUAUAAUAGUUGAAGCAUAUUCACCUUUAACAAAGGGACUAAAAUUAAGAGAUAGAACAUUAGUAAAAAUUGCAAAAAAGUAUCACAAAUCUCCCGCGCAAAUCUUAAUUCGAUGGAGUUUACAAAAUAAUUUCGUGACAUUACCAAAAAGUGUCCACAAAGAACGUAUUAUCGAAAAUGCAAACGUCUAUGACUUUAAAAUUGAAGAUGAAGAUAUAGAGUCGCUGAAUGAAUUAGACGAGUAUUUUGUUACUGGGUGGGACCCUACAAGAGCAGAAUAG